AUGUUGAAUGCUCCAAAUUCUAAUAAUGAAAAAGAAGGACGUCGCAUUCAUACCUUGUCUACUGUGGAUUUUCAGAGUGCAAGUUCAGGCGUUGCGGCCAAAACUAUGCGUUCUGAACUUCAGAAAAUGGCACUUUCGAUUCAAGAUAUGAAAGCUCGAAGAGCCUUUCAAAACGAAAUGGAUAAUUUCUAUUUACUAUUCACUCGUUAUUUGAGUGAUAAAUCAAAGGGAACCAAAUUAGAUUGGGAUAAGGUAAAACAACCUAGCCCCGAACAAAUUAUUCCUUAUAAGAAUUUAUCACCGGUUUGUGAAAAUACUGAAAGUCUCAAUAAAUUAGCCGUACUUAAACUUAAUGGUGGCCUUGGAACAACCAUGGGUUGUAUUGGUCCCAAAAGUGCAAUUGAAGUAAGAGAUAAUAUGACAUUCUUGGAUUUAAGCGUUAGACAAAUUGAGUAUUUCAAUAGUAAUUACAAUGUCAAUGUACCAUUCAUACUUAUGAAUUCUUUUAAUACGGACGAUGAAACUAAACGAAUCAUUCAAAAAUAUAGUAGUCAUAAAAUUGACAUUCUCACCUUUAAUCAAUCAAGAUACCCAAGGAUCAAUAAAGAAUCUUUAUUACCCAUGCCAAGAUAUACAAAUGGAGAUAUAAGCCAAUGGUAUCCACCAGGUCAUGGCGAUUUAUUUGAAUCAAUGGCUAACUCGGGAAUAUUAGAUCAAUUGAUAGCUGAUGGAAAAGAAUAUCUUUUUGUGUCCAAUGUUGACAAUCUGGGUGCUGUUGUUGACUUAAAAAUUCUUCAACACUUUGUAGAAUCAGGAGCCGAAUUUCUGAUGGAAGUUACUGAUAAAACUAAAGCAGACAUUAAAGGAGGUACAUUGAUAGAUUAUGAAGGAAAUAUUAGAUUGUUGGAGGUUGCACAAGUACCGGCCGAGUAUAUGGAAGAAUUCAAAUCUAUAAAAAAAUUCAAGAUUUUCAAUACGAACAAUUUAUGGAUUAAUUUGAAAGCGGUGGCUAAACGUAUUUCCGAUGAAAAGAAAUUAGAUUUGGACGUGAUUUAUAAUAGUAAGACACUCGAAUCUGGAGAAAAGGUUAUACAGUUGGAAACAGCCGUCGGUGCAGCUAUUAAACAUUUCAAAAAUGCUCAUGGAAUUAAUGUCCCGAGAAGUCGUUUCCUACCUGUAAAAUCUACUUCUGAUUUGUUUCUGGUCACAUCAGAUUUAUAUUCACUCCAUCACGGCGAACUUGUAAUGAAUCCAAAACGUCUUUUCCAAACCGUUCCUUUGGUUAAGUUAGGUGAUGUGACAUUUGGCUCUGGUGUACAACUCAAAGGGACUGUUAUUAUUGUUGCUAAUCAUGGUGCUAGGAUUGAUAUCCCAUCACAAGCUGUAUUAGAAAAUAAAGUGGUUUCUGGAAAUUUAAGGAUUCUUGAUCAUUAA